AUGCGACGCAGUCAUCGAACGAACUUUUAGUACAGUCAUCUGGAAAUUUGCAUUUCUCCGUGAAAAGUGUGUGAAAAUGGUCUUUUCACGCCUCCUCCGGCCAGUGGUGAUGGCUGCACGACCGCUCACGCUGGCACGCUCCAAGACUCACUUCCGGAGCGGCGCCCUAAAGCCUCUACCCGAAAGUGUUCCCUUUGGCCUCGUCGGAAUCUUCUGCACUGUGAUACCGGGACUCCUGGUUGGAGCUGCCAUCAGCAAAAAUGUGGCCAACUUCUUGGAAGAGAACGAACUCUUCGUUCCGGACGAAGAAGAGGACGAUUAGAGAUUCUUUAGCACGCAAGACAUUUUUCCAUCUAUAAAUAAAUCUUUGUUAACGCCAAAAGUUAUUUAUUGCUAUUUAUUGUGUAAAUUUUAAAUAAUCUGUGCGAACGGGCUUUCGUUGCUCCUUUGAAAUAACACUUAAAAGUCCCUUAAUACUUUGACAAAUUGUUAAAUAUUAGCCAAAAUUGCACAUGUUAGUUCAAUAAAGUAAUUCGAAACAUAAA